GCCCCCACCCUUUCACUGGGGCAACCGUUGCAGGGCGCCCGGGCCCUGGCGUGGGACGGUAGGCCGCUGACAUCCCCCCGGCUUUGGGCCCUAGGUACCCCGGCCUGGUGGCCCCAGGACGUUCCCGUCGGAUGGCGGAGUGCUGUGAACGGCGCCCAUGAAGCCCGUUGUCCUAGUUGUGCUGUGGCUAUGGCCUUCGUCCCUGCUGGCGUAUCCGACCAUAACUGUGUUGCCUGAUGAAGAGCAGAAUCUGAAUCAUUAUGUACAAGUUUUACAGAACCUGAUAAUGAGUGUUCCCACCAGGGACCUGGGCUCCGACAAAAAGUCAGAGGCCUCAAGUACCAUGGAAGUCGCAGAACCGAGGUCGUCGCCUGUGCUGAUGCAUACCCCCGAAGAAGUUACCCCUGAGAACGAUGUUCUGAUCAGGCCCAUCGACGAGGCAAAGACGACUUUCCCUACUAGCGGCUUCACGCUGGGGAUAGAGAGGAAAAAAACAACAGAAAGUACAGCAUUCUGGUCCAUCCGGCCAAAUAACAUUUCUAUUGUGUUACACACGGAUGAACCUUAUAUUGAAAAAGAAGAGCCAGAGCCAGAGCCGGAGCCGGAGCCAGAACCGGAACCAGAACCCUUGUCUAAACCCUCAAUGCCUGAUACUGAGCUGGGGCCGGAGUCGGAGGCAGAGCCGGAGCCUGAGCUGGAACAUGAGCCAGAGCCAGAGGACAGUCUAGAGUCAGACACACGGCAAAGCAGGAUUCAAACGGGUACCCACAGGAUGUCAUCCAUGAUCACCCAUCCAUGGCUGUCAAGUACACAUGUCACCGUAACAACAAAAACCACCAGCAACAUGGAUGUCGUCACAGACUCUGAGGACGUGCCCCAGCUCUCAGGCCAGUCGGAAACCGACAACCUCGAAGACAUCCCUGGACACCGCUCCCAGAGUUUGAGACAUGAGGAGAUUUUGAGAAAAAUUUACAAUAUUAACGCAGAGAUUCAGCGGGGGCCUCUUGGUGACAGUAACAACCCCGAGUACAAGGAGUACAUCAAGGCCUCCAGGGAGCACCUGAAACGGAGCCUGGCCCUGGCUGCAGCCGCUGAGCACAAGUUACAACAGAUGUACAGAUCUCGGAUCUUCCCAAUAGACCAGAUGAGUGAUUCAGCUGAUGACAUGGAGACGGUUAUCAACGUGCUGUACAAUUCCAGGUCCAAGUUGUCGGAGUAUUUUAAUAUUAAGCAUUUACCAACAGAGCUGAGAGAAAAGGCCACCGCUGUGAUUAGUGUGUUGAAAAAACUAUUAUGUGUAGAUCAGGUAGAAACGCAACGCCUCAUUAGGAAGCUGUUAAGCAAUAAUAUGAAAAUCCUAAAUAUCCUUGAUGUCCCGUGAUCAAACUCAUUUAAACAAAGGGCUCGUUCACAGGAAAAUAAGCAUAUUAGUGAUUUCAAAAGUUGCCUAAAAUAUUUUCUAUUAUUAUUCCAUGUGCUAACAUCCUUAUGUGUCAUAAAAUAUUUUCAUAUGCACUAAAAACCUAACAAUUUUAAAAUAAAAAUUUGCUUCAUAAGCUUGUAGUUUUUUCUCAUUAAUUCAAGUUGUGAAGAGCUAGUCUCUAAAAUGUCUAAGCUUUGCUUCUACUGACUGGAUGUGUUAGCCUCACCCACUGUAUGCACUUAGAGACUGCCUGCACUGUGCAAUGUAGCCAGUUUUAAAUAAUCGCUUGCAGUCUCUAGUCCACUUUUGAACCAUUUGGGUUUUCUGUAUGAAGAGCACACACUCAAGGCUGGUAUCAGAAACACUUUUGUUUGGAUGUAUGUUGCUUCCUUGGAAAGUGGGAGCUAUACUGAGACAUGUCUUGUUUUGCUGUCAAGCUCUUGGGUCAUUAUGAGGGACCCUGACCUGUAUCUGUAAUAAGAUCCUCCUCAUAAUUCCCUCUCUUUGCUUGCAUACAAACACAUUAAGAUUUACAAAUCUUUUGCCACCAGUCAAGUUAGCUGUAUAACGUUAUAAUGAAAGUGCAGUUUUGUUUCAUGACUUGAUCAAGUUCAUUUACUUAGUACUCAUUCAUCAAGCCAGUUAUUAAUGAUCAAUAAAUGUUUAUUGACCCUCUGGUUGAAUAAAAUGCUAGACCUUGGGGGAUAGAGUAAAGGGCUAUUUCCCCCUCUGAGAUUAUGACAGAGAAGCUAGACACUGAACAAAUGCAUCUGUUUUAAAUUUUCAGUUGGGACAAGCUCUUGUAGGAGGUAGCUGGUCUAACCUCAUCUAGAAUGUUGAGAAGAGUAGCCUCAGCAGGUGGCACCUGAGGAGAGGUCUGAGGGGUGAGAUGUGCCGGGGAAGGAGAAUGUUGCAGGCAGAGGAACAGCGUGUGUGAAUGCUGAGCUGAAGGUGAGGGUGGCAGGGUCAGGAAGUGCCUGGAGUACAGGAAGGCCAGAGAGAACACUCCAGCGUGAAGCAGGCACAUAAGGUCAGAAAACAGCUCGCAGGUCUCAAGGUGUAUGUUGACUAGUUCAUCUUUAUCCUGUGUCGGCAAGAAGCAAUCUUUGGAUUUUAAGCAAAGGACCUGGUGUGAUCAAGUUUGUGUCAGACUUGUGUGUUUAAAAACAACACAACACUCGGGCCAUACGGUUUUAGAGGUAGGCAGAAGUAGAUAGGAACUGUACAUAAGCCAGAUUUGGCUUGGAUUAGAUGGAAUGAAGUGACAAUUAAAAGGUAGAACAAACAGAACCAUGGCUAAGCACACAGGUGUGACUGAGGGAAUAAAAGUGAUCAAACAAAAUGUCCCAUAGGGCUGUGUUGUAAAGUGAUUCACUGUGUUUAUUUUUAAAAAUGACCUGCUAUGAAAAAUGUUAAGCAUCUGCAAAGAUGAGCAACAACACAGGAACAGUAUACAGCCAUCAUCCAGUGUGAACAGUGAUGUUCUGACGGACAGUAGUGUCUAGACCUAUCCCCUCUCCCCAUAUCCUGUAUGCUCAACUGGAUCCCCAAGAAUUUUAUCAUUUUAUCUCCAGCUUGAACUGUGGGCAACUCUCUAAGCUUUUGAAAAACGGUUUUCAAAUGUUUCAUAACAUCACGUGGUGUUAAUGGUAUCUAAUCAAUGUUUAAAUUUAAAAAGUGAUUAGACAAUGGGAAAUGUGGAGUUUCUUUGUAUGAAUCAGGAUCAAAUAAAGUUCACACAUUGCUACA